AUGACUUUUGAAGAAAACAGCGGGGAGAAUCAAUCGGACAGGAUGGAAUCAGUGGCAACAGCGCUAGAAGAGGUCCUGAGCUCUGCAUUGCCCCAGGGUUGCAUCACUGUUGGAGUUUAUGAGGCAGCCAAAUCACUCAAUGCUGACCCAGACAACGUGGUGCUGUGUCUGCUCGCCACAGACGAGGAGGAGGACGUCGCUCUCCAGAUUCACUUCACCCUCAUCCAGGCCUUUUGCUGCGAAAAUGACAUCAACAUCCUGCGCGUGAGCAACAUGCAGCGUCUGGCAGAGAUUCUGGGCGGAGGGGUGAAGCCUGCAGCCGACUUGGAUCUCCACUGCGUUCUAGUUACAAACCCUCAGUCUUCCCUGUGGAAAGACCCCGCUCUGAGCCAAGUCAACAGAUUCUGCAGAGACAGCCGCUGUUUGGAUCAAUGGGUCCCGGUCAUCAAUCUGCCCGACCGAUGA